AUGGUCAGAAAUAGAAUUGAUCUGUCUUCAAAACGACUUCAACAGCGGCCUAGGACGGGAAAUCUUCGACCAGGUGAUGUAAUUUUGCGGGUCGGGGAGGUUUCCACCCGCGGUUUGAGUCCCGAUCAGGUAGCUCGCCUCAUUCGACAGUCCGUUGUCUCCAAUUACACACUUAGCGGUGCCUCUGCAGACACCACAUCGAGCACUAGUUCCACCUCCACUGCCACCACCAACACCGCCAACACUAACAUAUCAAGCGCGCUUCCAGUCAGCCUUUUGGUUGCCCGACCCGCUCAAGGCAGUCCUACCACCUUGGCUGCCGUCUUCGAGGAGCAAAGUCGACAAGUUAAGGCCCGACAACCCCUCGGUCCCCUCUGCAUUGUGCCAACGGAGACAUUAGAUGAAUCGGUGGACUGCCUAGCCGAUCUCAUGCUUCCACUGCCUUCACUCACACCAACAACCCCGAAGACGCCUCCUGAAGUUCCUCUGGAGACGAUGCCACCUUCAAAUGAGGAGAAGCGCGCGGAGACGUCAAUACUUUCUCCAGUGCUGCAGGUGGAGGAUGCUGUUAGAGGAGGGGAGUCAACAGAGGACAGCGUAGAGUUUUCCGUGCUAUUAAGAAAACCGUCUGGAGCCCAGAAUUGUAGCCUGGGGCUCACUAUCGUGGGAUAUGUGUCGGAGAAAGAUAAGGAUAGAGCUGUAACCGGAAUCUACGUGAAGGAUGUCCUACCUAAUGGAUUGGCUAGCAUUUCGGGUAAAAUCAAACAACACGACCAGAUUAUCAAGGUGAAUGGGAUUGAUCUGAAGACGCUCUCCAACAAAGCUGCGGCACAUUUGCUCAAGACAGCUGGUCCGGUCGUGCACCUGACCUUCCUCCGACACACUUCUGGUCGCGUCUGUGAACAGCUCAAGCAAUUGGUUUCUUCCUCCACACUACGCUCACGAACUCGGCAGACAUCGGCAACUCUUCCAGGUGGCUUCCGUAGACGACCUCAACGGCAUCGAUCACGUCGAAAAUACACUACGACAGGAUCAAAGUCCCACGGAGCACUUUGUAUUCCACGCAAAACUCUCAAACCCCUCAGAGCCUGUCCAGUACAGAGUGAGCUUCUUGUAACGCCACAGGUAAACUCAGAGGAUUCCGAGGAUUCCAGCGACUUUAUACGAGACCUCCUUGGUCCAUCGACCUGCCAGAGCCUUCCAAUGCUAUCUGCAGCCAGUCUGAUGGAAGCAACAUCGACAGUAUCUACCUCUUCCUCUUCCGUAUCAAUCAAUGGGAAUAUUGAAGAAUUACAACAAACGCCGACGCCUUCAGGCUUGCAGGAGGAGCAGACGACUUCAUCUGCAGCCGCCUCCAUGACGCUGUACAGUUCACCUCUAGAUGAGAUGGAUGAGAUUGAGUUGUCUAGUAGUACGGAAUCGCCUGUGCGUACGAGGCCAAGCAUGGCGAUUGGACGGUUUGAGUUAAAUCAGCUAAGGGCCGCGGUGCACUACGAACGUUUAAAUGAAGCCGAGUGUGAGACAGCGCUUGGACAGAAAGUGUAUAGUCGAUAUGCUGAAGGACUAGAGAGCUACCGCCAUGACCCAGAGGCCGGACCGCCCGGCAGGGCUGGACGUAUAACUCCGGAGUUGGUGAAGUUGAUGGUGGACGUGUGGACGCCGAUUGUUGGACUAGGAAAGGAUAUCUUGGUAAUCCGAGUAGUUCGUCCAAAGAACUUACGUCAACUGGGCAUCUCUCUAAUCGGAUCCACCCUCGACGCAGCAAAGGCGAAUCCACCAACGUCGGCUACGCAUCCGGCGCAACAACGGGAGUCGGAGGAUGGUGGAGAACUCGAGACGGCAGCGUCUGCUAAAUCACCAGCGGAGAUUUCGAGUGAAGUGUCUUCGCGACACUUUGUCCACACCGUUUUGCCCGGCGGCCUUUUCUCCAAUCUAGACUGCCUCAAACCAGGCGAUGAACUUCUACAGGUGAACGGUUACCGACUGCAUGGCCACUCGCACGUCGAGGUAGUCCGCUGCCUUCGCUGUCUGCCUGCACACAUUGAACUGGUGAUUGCGCGUUUGCCCGAGUGCGUAGACACGAAUGGCACCGGUGUUGGUGAUGGUGAUGGUGCCUCCACCCUCCUCGAUGACACUCUUAACGAUUCCGGCACCAUAUUGCAUGUCGCCGCUAGCGAGAUCGGAUCCGUGGCCACGGCUAUGGACGACGCCGAUAGCUCCUGGACAGGUCCCUCACCCGUAGCUCUCCCAUCUCAUCCGCCGGAUUUGAAGAUAUCUGAGUGGAUUGGGCGUUCACAGUCCGACGGCCCCCUCCAUGAACUUAAAAGCAGUUCUCCUAAGGAUCCGAAUUUGUUGUCACUAGAGUCGACUGCAGCAUCAUCAAGUGUGAGUAGCGUGAUCGGCGCUUUCCCCCCGGUCUCCGCACUGCUCAGAGACGAGCACGUGGCCUUGAAACCGACUUGGUCAACAGUGCCUCUCAUUGUGAUGCUGCGUCGGGACAAACCCAACUUUGGGUUCUCCAUCUCCGUCUACGAUGAAGGCAUGGGCAGCGAUAGAAGCACAGUACGACGUAGCAGUACGCUAAAGCGGUCCGGAUCUCUCAGUCGUCGUCGCACUGUUGCCGGCGACCUGAACCAUUCAGGUGGAGGUCGUUUCGCCACCAUUAGUCGAAGUAGCUCCCUCUCCCCCGAUACUACUCCACAUCGUGGUAGUUUCCUCAUCAUCAAUUCUAUCUCACGAGGCAGCUGCGUUGAUCUAGAUGGUCGAAUCAACGUCGGUGACCGUCUGCUCUUCGUCAAUGAUCGAAAACUCACUCGUGCCACUCUUGGUGAAGCCGCUAACACUCUCCACAACGCUCCGCUCGGUUACACCAUGAUCGGAGUUGCCAAAAUGACCCUCGUACCUAACUCACCGCCCCUCACCGUUGCCUCCUCACCACAGUUCACUGCUCUUGUCUCCAAUCCCGAUGACCCCGGUACCAUGCAGCUAGUCGCUCGACGUCUGGUUGACGAAGUGCUGGAAUACACCGGAGAAGUAAAGGCCAUUGUGGAGGAGGUGGUAUCCUCGGCUCUAGUUGAAUACCUCCAGAACUUUGUCAAGAUGUCCCUGGAAGGACUGGUAGAAGUGACAGCACCUGUAGAAACAGUCGAAGUACUGAUAACCUCCUCAAGCGUCCUCUAUCUUGCCUCCACGUGCGAAUUCCCUGUCGUUAUGGUGGUGACACAGGGUGUGGAAUUAGCGGAAUGCGAUCGUGAUUACGAAGACGAUGAUUACAGUAGUCUAGAAUCGAUAGAUACCUUUUUGGAGCAGUCAGAGUUGAGUCAGUCCUCGGAGGACUGGUUGGCCAGUUUGGAAUUUGUGCGCGACACCGAGGAGGAGUUCGCCAAGGAGCAUGUGAAGGAUCAUCCUCUGGACUACUACACUCCGCUGGUGUUGGACGUCGAGGAGGUGCCCUUCCAUGCAGCUGCUCUGGUGGUGCCAGAGAUGAAUCCCAAUGACGAGAAGAUAGUUCGUGUCAAGACUCACAAUCUGCCUCUCGGUUGCGAGUUGGACGCUCUGGCAGCAGGCGGUGUUGAUGGCUGUCGGGUGGUAAAGGUUCUUCGAGGUGGAGCCGUGGAGAAGGCUGCAGCUCUCGUCCCUGGUGACUACAUUACUCGAAUAAACUCCGACAACCUGCGACGUGUCACAAAUGCCGAGGCGUUUCGCAUUCUUCGGAAAGCCUCCAUGGAGUGCAACACCAUUGAAAUCGGUUACUACCCCGGAGAGAAGGUAAUUACUCACAGAAUCAAGCACGUUCGACCCAAGUCGCUGUCGGCUGAAACUGAGAGCAGUCCAUACUUCCAAGUGAACGGGUCCGGUGCCUCUAGCACCCUGAUUGUAGAUCUACCACCACCGGAGCUAAUUAUCACAACGGAACCGUUAACGUGGCUCCUUUCGGAGGAUCCUCCACAAAAAUCAGGGUGGUUACAGACACGGGAACUGAAACUGCUCAAACUGCCUGGCGAGGACACAUGGGGUCUCUCUAUCACCGGUCCGGAUGUGUGGCAGAACAACGAGUCACCUUCUACCGUUCCGUCACUUCCACCAGAGGUCUCCCAGCCUGUCUUCGUCUCCGACGUCGCCGCCAACACUGCAGCCGGUCGAUGUGGGCUACUAGAACGUGGGGACAUUAUCAUCGGCGUGAAUGGUAUGGACGCAACGCGAGUGGGCUGUCGCACAGUGGCCGAGUGGAUCCAAACAGCCAACCUCGUAUCCUCUUCCUCCUCUGCCUCUUCGGAUGACAACGAGUCUUUGGAGACCGCAGAGUGGGCCUUUCUCUACCUCCUUGUCCUUCCAUUACACUCCUCGUCUUCUCCAUCUGCUGGAAGACCGAUCAUCGAUCUCCAGUCCAUUCCACCAGUGGCUUUGGGUACUGAUUCGUCUGCUCCCUCUGGAGACAGGGAUGGGCGUCCUCCUAGUUUUAUCUGCAACACCGGCACUCUUGUGCGCUCCGCUUUCGUCUCCUCCAACGACUCCUCCAUGGAGGAACCAACCUCUGUCGCAUCAUUGGAGCUGCACGGUGAUCUGCCUGAGCCAUUGGGAAUCUCCAAUCUCGCCAUCUCACCGCCAACAGCUCCGGUGCAGAUGCCACCGCUGCCGCCUCCACCGAAGGGCGAGGAAGAGAUGCCGAUAGACUCCCAAACAUCACCACCUCUGCCAAAACUAACAGUCGCCACCCCUAACCUACCACCUCCUCCGCCUCCACCGUCGCCGGUGUUGCGUCAGCCCAUUCCCUCCGUACAGACAAUCGAAUCCCGGUCCGCGUGGCGCAACAUUGGAUCAUCUUGCCUCAGUGCCUCGUUAGUCACUGUCUAUUCGGGUGGAGUUACCAAGCCGCACCGCAACAUUCUGUUUAUAGCCCAACUGACGCAGACUUACCGCAGACCGGCCUUGGCUGAUGACGAAAUCCAUGUAGUUGCGAUAACUUUGACUCCCCCCAUUUCCACACUGGGAGGUGAGGGGCCUCCUGGCAGCGAAUUCAAUGAAGGAUCAUCAGCUGACUGCGAAACAGGUCUUGGGGUUCGGUUGGUAGGCCACAGGGACACGAAUUCGCGGGGUGUUUUCGUCUGCAGCCUGCGUGAGGGCUCUCUGGCUGAUCGCACCUCUGGCCUACAAGUUACCGACGAAAUAGUUCAGGUCAACAAUGUGUGCGUGAUGGGACUGACCCACGUCUCUGCAAAACUUCUGAUCGCCAAGGAAGUCGAACUGGCGCGACGUGGUGGCAGUGAUGGCAGUGGUAAUGUACCAAAAAUAUUCCUCGUUAUUCGUCACAACGUUGCCUACAACGCCUCGGUGAUGGCCAAACCCGCUUCUGGCACUGCGCCCACUGGUUGUGGCCACUUUCUCCAUCACUACGCGCUUCGCUCCUCCUCCCAGCCCUGCAUAUCCAAGGCAACACCCCAGUCGUCAAAACGCGUCGAAUACGAAUUUCUGGACGUUACCAUCGAAAGAAACGCACAGGGUGGGCUGGGUCUCUUCUUGGUAAACAUGAAUCCUCGUGGCGAUUUGGGCGUUUUCGUGCAAAGUCUGCUGCCCACCAGUCCGGCCGGUAUAUUGGGCCAGGUUCAAAGUUGGGAUCGCAUUGUGGCGAUCAACGGAGAGCCGGUGCAGGAGUAUGACGCAGCUCUGGCCAAACUCACCACUUGUCACCCAUCUGCUCACUUGCGACUGGCCCGCGCAAAACCAACAUCCGACUGCGCAACCUUGGAGGGAGAAGUGGCCGGCCAGUCUACUCCGGCGACAGUUGAGUUGCCACGCUCCUUCUCGCCCCAUUCACCGCCCACACCCAUUUUGCCCGGCGUGGAGACCACAGUUGAGAUAAUUCAUUCCGCGCCCGAUCUUGGAUGCUCCGUGAUCGGAGGCUCUGACACACAUAUGGGAGGAGUAUUCAUUGAGAAGAUUCACCAAGGUGGAACAGUUUACCGCGACGGGCGAUUGCGCUCGGGUGAUCGAAUCCUCGCAGUGAAUGGCAUCGAUCUACGCCAAGCAACCCACGCUGCAGCUACAAAGGCUCUACGAGAGGCAAAGGAGCAUCUGUUUCUGACAGUUCUGCGAGGCAGCCGUGCCGUUCCCUUCUCGCUUAACGAAAUCAUGCAGACCUACAGCGUGGCGCUUCAGAAACGGCCAGGGAAUACGUUCGGUCUCGUGCUUGCCGACUAUCAUUCCGGAGGUGUGGUCAUCUCGGAAAUUGCGGCUGGCAGUUCAGCAUCGCAGGCAAGUGUACUGCAUCCCGGUGAUGUGAUCCUAGAAGUCGAUGGUUUGGAUGUCCACAAGGCCUCCUCACAGGAUGUCAUGACGCUUCUUAAGCAAUCCCCAAAUCACAUCCUCCUCAAAACUGGUCGUCUAAAACCACCCAGAGGACAGCCAAUCCCUCGACUGAGGCUAUUCACAGUCCUGCUCACUCGUCCCCUCACGGCCUCGGCACAGAAGGACCUCGACGUCUCUGUCUCCGCCCCCGUCCUGCGCGUUUUAAAGCGACAAACCGUGCCAAGUAGACUGAAUGCCACAAUUCCGAACAUCUUCGGGAUGGUUCUGAGACUCGUCACCACCGGCGAGGGCAUAUACGUGCCGGGAAAUCUCGUCAUCGAAAGCAUCGCACCCGAAUCUGCGGCCUCCCGGUGUGGCAUGCUCCAGAUUGGCGACCGCCUUUUGGGCAUCGACCGUGAACCAGUGGGCUGGUUGUCCCUUGACGAUCUUCAGCGCUUCUCUCACCACUUUGAUUCCCUUACCUUCGAAGUUGGCCGUCUCCCCCCACCACCACCGCCUUCUGCAUCAACACUACGUGCAUCCACAAGUGUCUCGCCUCUUCCAUCCCCUCAACCACCGCUCUAUAGUAGUGGGCUGGCACCACUCAAAGAGGGUGAGGAGGCCACGGCGGCAACGUUCAUGAAACCAAUUUCCGUUGAUGUGGAAGGUGAUACCACUCAGAUACUGGAGGGAGCUCCUUCGCCGGUGAGACGCUCUCCCGUCGGAUUCAAGGCGAUUGAGGAUGGAGACGAUGAUGAGGAUGAGGAUGAAAUGUGCUCUAACAAUAAAAUCCUACAGAUUCAAUUACUACCGCCAUCAGCUGACUCAGCGCAGCCAAGCCUUGGCCUGACCCUAGCGUCAGCGCGCGGCGCCUGUGGAGGUCAACGGGUGGUGAGUCUGGAUCCCACCUCCCCAGCCGCCGUGUCCGGCCUUCAAGUCGGUGACCGUAUCAUCGGUCUGGAUGAUCGCCUCCUCCUCGCCCUCGGUGGUGGCGGUCGAAACUCCGAAUCCGUCCUCCAUGCAAUCGAAUCUGCUUGGCACCUGCGUCGUCCGCCCUCUGAUAUCGCUCCUCUCACUCUUACCAUCGUUCGUCCCAUCCCCCUGUCCCUCAACGCACCCCUUCCCAUUAACAACAAACCGAGGAGUCACUUCCCCGUCUUCCCAGCUGUUGUUGGUGCCACUGCCGCAGGCGUGGGCCUUAUAGCAGGGCACCAACUCCGUAACCCGCCUAACCGCCGUCUUCCUCGUGAUGUUGGUGACAACCUGGACGUGCAGUUGCAAGCUGGUCCGCCGGGCCUCCUUGUCCCGGCCAUCGCAGCUGGCGUGGCCACUGGUGUUUAUCGUGGUGCAGUAGACGACUAUCUCGGACAGCCCUAUUACAACAAUGGGCCAGCUAUUGUUGAUCCGAUCCCCUUGAUUCCGAGUGGGACGAGCGGCCAGAUUUACAAUGAUACCGCUGACGUUGGCGGAGGUGCUGGCGGUUACGCAGACGGUGAUGACGAGGAGGUUCUACCUCCGCCGGCACACUACUUAGAAGACAACUACGACAGUAACGGUAAACUUGGAGACGGCGAUCUUGGUGCGGGUAAAGGCUGCUUCAAGGAGGGUCCGGGUCAAUUCCCAUACACUGCCAUCAAUUCUAACGAUGAUGACGAUGUUGUUGAGGGCGAGUAUUUUUAUGAUGACCCUCUCAGCUAUUACCAUCAUCGAGAGCGAGGCGCUGACGCUAAUGAUAUUUGCGUUGUCAGUGAUAACUUUGGUGCAGACUCACUCGACGUGACAGAUUAA